AGGGAAUGUCUUGGAUGAGCCCAGCAUGGGCAGCCCCCAGGAGAGUUCAAAUCUCUCUGGGACAGAGCUCAGGUGGUUCCAUUCCUGCGAGGAUCUUGGGUUUCCAACUCAAGAGAAAGAAACGGGAAGUGGGGUGGGAUGUGGGCAGUGUGGAAAUGUGCUGGUGGAAAGACGUGUUCAAUCUCCAAGUCCUUUAUGUUCCAGGUCCUCGCUCCGGCCACCCUUCGCUCCUCUCCCAACACCAUGUGCUCCACUGGAUGCUGUUCCACGGGAUGCUGCUCUGUCGUGAAGAGCAAGACCGUGUGCUGCACCCCGUGCAAGACAGUGUGCUGCAGCCCCUGCAAGACUGUCUGUUGCAGCCCCUGCAAGACUGUGUGCUGCAGCCCCUGCAAGACCGUGUGCUGCUCCCCAUGCCAGCAGUCCUGCUGCUGCGACCCCUGCCAGAAAACCGUGUGUUGUGACCCGUGCCAGUCCUGCUGUGACCCAUGCCAGUCCUGCUGUGAUCCAUGCCAGAAACCUUGCUGUGACCCAUGCCAGUCCUGCUGUGACCCAUGCCAGUCCUGCUGUGAUCCAUGCCAGAAACCUUGCUGUGACCCAUGCCAGUCCUGCUGUGACCCAUGCCAGUCCUGCUGUGAUCCAUGCCAGAAACCUUGCUGUGACCCAUGCCAGUCCUGCUGUGACCCAUGCCAGUCCUGCUGUGAUCCAUGCCAGAAACCUUGCUGUGACCCAUGCCAGUCCUGCUGUGACCCAUGCCAGUCCUGCUGUGAUCCAUGCCAGAAACCUUGCUGUGACCCAUGCACUGUCUGCUGCGACCCGUGCCAGAAGCCUUGCUGUGAUCCAUGCCAGAAGCCUUGCUGUGGCCCGUGCCAGACUGUCUGCUGUGACCCGUGCCAGAAGCCUUGCUGUGACCCAUGCCAGUCCUGCUGUGACCCAUGCCAGUCCUGCUGUGAUCCAUGCCAGAAACCUUGCUGUGACCCAUGCCAGUCCUGCUGUGACCCAUGCCAGUCCUGCUGUGAUCCAUGCCAGAAACCUUGCUGUGACCCAUGCCAGUCCUGCUGUGACCCGUGCCAGAAGCCUUGCUGUGAUCCCUGCCAGUCCUGCUGUGACCCGUGCCAGAAGCCUUGCUGCGACCCGUGCCAGUCCUGCUGUGACCCGUGCCAGCAGUCCGUGUGCUGCACCAAGGUGUGCCAGAAGUCGGUGUGCUGCGUGCCCCGGCCCUGCUGCUGCCCCUGCGGCUCUCUGUCCUGCUGCUCGUGCGUGGUGAAGAAGCCCGUGGUGGUUUGCUGCACCCCCGUGAGGAGGUUCUGCACCCCCUGCAUCCCCAUCCAGCAGUGCUGCAUCAAGAAGAGCUGCUGAGCUGCUCCCCCUCUGGGAACAGGCACAAGGAGGUGAAAAGCUGCUCCUCUGCUGCUGGUUCUCAUCAUGAUGGAGCCCAUUCAUAGCUAUUUUCUCCUUCUUUUCAAGCUUCUUUCUGUCCUUUAGUUAUUGACUGUCUUUUAGUUAUUGACUGUCUUGAGUAGCCCAGAAUUUAUCCCCCAUUAGAUAUUAGUAAGGUGUUCGUUCUCCUCCUGGUGUUUGGGAAACCUUUGGUGUCACUCUGAUCACUCUUCAUUUCCUCUCUUGACUUGCAGACAAUAAAAUUUAGCAUUAAGCAAAAACGCAACGUUUGGUCUUUUGGUGGUUCUUACUUGGCUUUGCCCUUCAUCUGUCACCUUGCCCAGGAUUUGUCACCUUGCCCAGGAUUUGUCACUUUGCCCGGGGUUUGUCACCUUGCCCAGAGUUUGUCCUCAUUCUGGCACCCCCUGUGCCCUUGGCCGAGGUCCUGGACGUGUCCCAGUGGCACAGCAGAACAUUUGGGACAC